AUGGGCAUUUUUCAUUCUCCCGCCAGGGUGUUCGUUGGUGCCACGGCUCUCCGUCUAGUUCUGCUGAUUUACGGCGGCUGGCAAGAUGCUAAUUCGGCUGUGAAGUACACCGAUAUUGACUACAUGGUCUUUACGGAUGCUGCGCGAUAUGUCUCCAAGGGCCAAACACCAUAUGCUCGAGACACAUAUCGUUAUACGCCACUCUUAGCAUGGAUGCUCCUACCGACCGCAUGGGAAGGCCCGGCUCCUUGGUCAACAUUAACUUUCGCCUUUGGCAAGGUGCUCUUUGCCUUGGCUGAUGUUUUGGCUGGCUGGCUGGUCGUGCAGCUCUUGACCCGAUGCUAUCGAUUUUCACCUGAAAGAGCACUACGCUACGUUGCUGCCGUCUGGCUGUGGAAUCCCAUGGUCGCCAACAUUAGUACCCGCGGCAGUUCCGAGGGGCUACUUGGCGUGUUGGUUGCAGGGUUGCUUUGGGCUACCUUGACAAGACGGGCUAUUCUUGCAGGAUUGAUCCUUGGACUAGCGGUGCACUUCAAAAUCUAUCCUUUCAUUUAUGGUGCAUCCAUUCUAUGGUGGUGGGAUGCAGAAUGCGAUGGUGCUGCCCCGACGAACGACCUCAGUAUCAUAUCACGGGCUAUUCGAUUUAUCACGCCAUCUCGUGUGAAGUUGACACUGACGGCUCUUAUCACCUUCGCUACUUUGAACCUUGUCAUGUAUCUCCAAUAUGGUUUGCCAUUUCUCCACCACACAUUUUUCCACCAUCUCACUCGCAUUGACCACCGACACAACUUCUCGCCAUAUGCCACUCUACUUUAUCUGACUUCAGCGGGAAAUACCACAUCGCACUUCGAAGCUCUCGCUUUCAUUCCUCAGCUGGUACUUGCAGUGGUCGCUCUCCCGUUGGUGCUGGCUAAAAAGAGCCUAGCAACCGCCAUGCUGGCCCAAACAUUUGCUUUCGUCACAUUUAAUAAAGUGUGCACCAGCCAGUACUUCAUAUGGUAUCUCAUUCUACUACCCUUCUACCUUCCCACUUCCAGCCUCGUACGUAGGCCUAGGCUCGGUAUUUCGGCGGCUGUUUUAUGGGUCAUUGGUCAGGCUCUUUGGCUCCAACAAGGCUACAACCUGGAAUUCCUGGGUCUUUCAUCCUUUGUCCCUGGACUUUUCCUUGCCUCACUAUUCUUCUUCGCCGUCAACAUCUGGAUUCUGGGUAUUAUUGUUUGUGACGCAGGUGGAGCAGAGGAUAUUGUCCCUCGAGACAAGAAGGAUUAG